AUGCAGUACUGUACACAAUUUCAAGUCUCAAAACAAAAGAGAAAGAAACAACAAAAGAGAGAAGGAACAACAAAAGAAAUACAAGACGAGAUAGCGUUAACGAGACGCGCAGAGAAUAUUACGGAAGUAUGUGACAUAUGCAUGGUAGCAGUUCUGAUCUCAACAUUUCAAAGGAUUAAUAUCUGCCCUAUGGCUUCCGUUGAGGAUUUGGAAGUUUGGGGCUGGGUCGAUACUUCCCUUCAGUGUUGCGUCUCGUCUGAUUCAGCGCCUCUGCUUCAGUACGGUUUCGUCGCUCCGCGUUGUGGACAGCCUAUCCUGCACCAAAAGCUCUGGUGCCACUCACGCCCCCUCAACCUCUUAGACUUGGGUGACGACCAGCCGCUUACUAUAGCUGCGAUUACAACCGUCUCCAUCUCCGGAAUCCUUUCGGUACGCUAUUGCUUCCAUCGCAGUGCACCACUGUCUUAG